AUGGGCACCAGCUUAACUGAGCUCACGAGCCAUGCCCAGCAGCUGGUGUGCAGCCAUUGGGUUGGGGAGAUUGAAGAGAACAGAGGUGACUGGGUGCUUGAGCAGGUGUCUUGUCUGGUGGAAGAUGUUGGAAGGAUAUCUGUGAAGUCCAUACAGUGUCAGAAUGGAAACUGUUUCACACUCUCGGAAUUUGAAAUGAUGGGAGGCUAUGGAAAGUCAAAGAACUGGAAACUGAGUCUGCGCUGCCAUAAUUGGCCCCUGAAACUCCUGAUCCAGAUUCAGAACUCAGAUGAAUGUGAGGUGUGCCGGGAUGGAGGAACACUCUUCUGCUGUGAUACUUGUUUCAGAGCCUUCCAUGAGGACUGUCAUAUCCCAACAGUGGAAGCUGAGAUAACACCAUGGAGUUGUAUCUUCUGUAGGAUGCAGUCCUUAGGAAGUCAACCGAGUCUUCCAGAAUCUGAGAUACUGAAGAGGGAGAUGGCUCCCCAGGAACAGUUGAAGUGUGAGUAUGUUCUCUUGAGAGUCUAUUGCUGUUCUGAGAGCUCCUUUUUUUCCAAGAUGCCAUAUUAUUAUUAUUUUAGAGAGAUGACUGUGGGUGUGCAAGAGCCUAUGUGGUUGGACAUAAUCAAGAAAAAGCUGCCUUCCGCUCGACUCGAG